ACGACUCUGAACCCUGUACGUCAGACAAUACGUCUGUGGCAGUAGUCGAUCAAGAUGUGUCCUGUGUUUUGCCACAUGUAAUCUUCAAUACGUCGGAUAUUUGGACUCGAUUUCAGCUUGCGGAUGGACGACCACUUGUACUGUCGGACAAAUGUAUUUGUGCAUCUACAUGUGCAUGGUUUCUAAACGACACACUACAGGCAAAUGGAACAAAAUUGCUGAGAGUGGCUUCUCAAUGUUAUGGAGGAUGGUACUUAAGAGUCAGGAAAUGUGACGGGUUUUUCGUGUUGUUCUUGGAUUCAUUGUCUUAUUUCUAUUCCUCGAUCAGUGGUGAAACGGUAUGUGUAGCUCCGUAUCAGGGGUCAUGCAAGAAAUCAGAAGACUCUGAAGCCGCAGACAUUAUGAAUGUGUGUCCCGAGGUGGGGAGUUUUCACGAGGAAACAGACGAUAAGAAAACAAUGGAGGCGGUCUUUAAAUGUCUAUUCCAACAAAUUCCUGGAAACGUUGUGUACGACGUCCAGUGGUAUAUCGACGGAACGCUCCUCGAUAACGCCAAAUUCACAGGAAUCAGUUACAGUAACAUCAAUGAUACAGCCCUACGGACAAAGCACUGGGUGAACAACUUCACUCUGAGUUUUCAGGUAUCUUGUGCUGUUAAAGCUAACAGUUCAACGUCUGUGGUCCAGGGAGAUUUUACUGAAAGUUACCCAUAUUUUGCAGGCAUUAAAUCAAGUCAGCUCCAGUAUUUUGUGUUUGAGGGGGAGACAAUUCAGAUAAGUCUGGAGGCUACAGUGCCAUUCAGUUGUCCAUCUACUCUGAGUGACGCAAUGAAAGCCUCCCACUGUAAUUUCCAAUUCUACAUCUGGACCCCUGGGGAGGGAAAGUGUGUGAAUGGUCUUACUAGUAAUGGAGUGGCCUUCAAGGAUAACCCUUGUGGAGUUACAUUUGGUUAUAAAGACAAAACGGCAUCUAUCAGUGUCACUGGUUAUAUUGACGGAAUGGUCAAUUUCAGGGAGAGAAAAUCUACCUUGAGGAUUGCUUCUACCAGAAAUCCAAUGGAUUCCACUGGAAUAUGGAACGGAGUAAAGAUUCCAGACAUUAUAUUUAUUGUAAAAGACAAAGACGUAUUGGUAUCUGGUAAGUACUGUGCUUCUUACACGGAUCCCCAUCAAAGAACAUUUGACGGAAUGCGCUUCUCCAACCAACGGGCCGGGGAGUUCUUGUUGUACAGACACAAGAUUUUGCCCUACACCGUGCACGCUUUGUAUUCCACCUGUAUCUUGAGGCGCGCUACGUGUAACUGCGGUAUCGCUAUUAGAAGUGGCGGGAGCCUCUUUUCUGUUCGCACAUGUGCACAAGUCUCUACAACACUGACCAGAACUUUAUCAAUUCCAGAGGAAAAAACCGAAAUUUGCAAUGAUGACGAUCUACGUAUUCUAAAAUAUUGGCCUUAUUACAAGGUUACACUUCCUAGCGGUACGGAAGUGUCAUUCACAAUUUCCCGGUGGAGUAAUUGGAUGGGUAGUAUUCGGAUCAGAGCCUCUAUUUCAGAUUUGGGGGAAACGGAGGGUUUGUGUGGACUUGUUAAUGGUAAUGCCACAGAUGACUUUAUUCCUAGAAAUGGACAAAUUCCUACAGAUAUAAAUUCCUUUGCAGAAUCGUGGAGAAUACCAAGGGACUCUCCUGGUAAAAGUUUGUUUGUAGAAAAUCCCAAAAUUUUACGACAGUCCUUUUCCUAUUCAUCUCAGAGCAACAAAGAGAAUUAUUGCACGUGCCCGUCCGAUGAGCCACUGGAUCCUUACAAUCCAGACUUUGAGUCUCAGAGUCAGGCCCACUGUAACCAGACAACACCUAGUUCUGUGUGUGGAAGUCAGGUUUCCAUGGUGAUGGAUACCUCUUCCUGUGGCACUACCUCACGUAGACGAAAGCGUUCAGUUGAAUCGGAUGAUGUUGGGGAUUCUACUGUGCUUACCUAUACCAGCGACUUCGAUGAAACAGCUGUUUUCAAUGUAAGUGACUGGAUCAAUGGGUGGAACGCCACGUCAGCCAGGAAGUACUGUAAUGACUCUUUCACCUUUGACCCCGCUGUGAAGACGUGUAAUGACCUUGUCAACAUCUCUUCAGAAUCUUAUAUAGAUAGUUGUGUGGAGGAUAUCAAGAUGUCUGGUAAUACAACAUGGGUAGAGGACACGCUGGACACACUAAAAGGGGCGUGUCUUACAGAGGCCAAGAAACAGGAAGUGUUUUAUACAAACUCCACCUCUAACUCCUCCUUUGAGUUGUCAAUCAUACAGCUGAUCACAGCUCAACUUUGUCCCGCCAACUGCUCUGGAAAUGGAGAAUGCAAGGAUGCCUUGUGUUUCUGCCAUGAUGGAUUCAUUGGGAGUGAUUGUUCGGUCCGUGUGUCAGUGCCACCUACAGACUUUUCUUUGCCGUCCAGUGGAAUUUGUGACACAAGACAACGAUCAUGUCAAAAAACAAAUAUUGUUGGCAAAUUCUACUCUGAAAGUGUCGUCGCAAAAUUGCUUCACUUUGAGAUAGAAGAAAUGGAGCCCUCCAAUCCUUUCUCUGUGACCACAAAUGCAACUUUUCGUCAUUUCAACCUGAUUACUGUGAACUUGCAUUCUGUUUCCGAGUCUUCUCGACGUCGACGUCGUUCAGUGAUGAAUGACGUGCAUGGUUGGAAUAUUUCACUAAGUUAUGAUGGUAUAACCUUCAGUGAUCAUGUGACUUUGUUGAUAUAUGAAAGUCAGAGAUACUCAUGUGAUAUGCAGACCCUAACUUGCAAAAAGCUGAUAAGCGACAGUGGAUCCUCCUCCAAAGGGUCUACCGUCAACGUUCCCGCCAUUGCUGGUGCUAUAGGUUUCACUGCUGUAGCAGUAGUUAUUAUUGUGAUAGUAAUCGUUCUCAUAAAAAAGAAAAAGUUUCCAAAAGCUCGGGCCCAGUCUGUCAUAGGUAUACAGAUUGACAACAGCCAGAUAACGAUACCUAGAAAUGACACUGGGUCUCUGUGGGUGGGGGAUACUGACUACGGUCAGCCCAUACCCUCCCUGCCCCCAGUUUAUUAUGUCUACCAGCAGAAACGGGAAACAACUGGUAUAUCUCUGUAUUUUGAAGAAAAACACUAG